AAAAAAAACAGUCUUCCUGAAAUCACAAUCAGACCCAACCAAUGGCUUGACCUAAACUUCUCUUGCAUUUCCAUAUGCCAUCAUAAAGGUUCCACCUUCCUUUUUCUGCUCGUUUCUCUACGUCAAACCCCUUCUUUACACACAUCUCUCUCCACCAUUUUUCAAUUUUAUGCUUCUUCACGAUGAUACCUCCAUUUCCUUGAUGCGGAAAAUCUGCCUGCUAUUACCUAUGUACGUGCAUCAUCAAACCUAGUCUCUGCAACAUGUAUCAUGCCAAGAAAAUUUCAACUGCAAACUUGGUGCCCCAUAAACCUCAAGGGGCUGAACAGUUUCCAAGUACCGGUACACUGGGUGGAAAUGUGGUGAAUAAUUCAACUUCAGCUGGGGGUGGUGGAAAGCAAAGGUUGAGGUGGACCUCAGAUCUUCAUGACCGUUUUGUAGAUGCCAUCACUCAGCUUGGUGGACCAGAUAGGGCAACACCAAAAGGUGUUUUAAGAGUUAUGGGAGUACCUGGGCUCACAAUUUAUCAUGUGAAGAGCCAUUUACAGAAAUAUCGACUUGCAAAGUACCUUCCAGAAUCUCCAGCUGAUGGUCUUAAAGAUGAGAAGAAAGAUGCAGGAGACAGCAUAACUACUCCGGAUUCCUCCCCGGGAGUUCAAAUUAAUGACACAUUGCGGAUGCAGAUGGAGGUUCAAAAGCGUCUACAUGAACAGCUUGAGGUGCAAAGACAGUUGCAAAUGCGAAUAGAAGCUCAGGGGAAAUAUUUGCAAAAGAUUAUCGAGGAGCAGCAGAGAAUAGGCAGUAAACUAAAAGCAACAGAGGCUGUGGACAAGGAAAAAGCAUCAGAGUCAGAAGCAUCUGCUGAUGCCAGUGAAGGAUUGUUGUCUCCCCGAAAGAAACAGAAGAGAAAUGAUGACCAAGCUGCCUCCAAAAGCUAACCAGAAGAGGUACUUUCAGCAAUGCUACAUUUGCUUGGAUUUGUCGAAGACUGUUGACACCAUGUCUAACGGGAAACUACCUCAGGGCAAGAAGCAGCAUCUUGGGGAUCCAAAAUAGGAUGUGGAUUUUUAGCAACCGAAUAUUUUUCUAUAUUUCGUAUGCAUUGCUCUGUACAGAAUAUACACUUUGUAGAGUAUAUUUAUUGUAAUCAUAAUUCAAUACAUCUGGCUGGCUGGCGUUUCUAUUUUUGCUGUAGGUUCCUGCUGCCAUCUGCUCGUUAUGGGACCUUACUGUAUGUCAUCACUAUUGUGUAGCAAUAAACACUAAAUCUUAUAUCUGAAGCACCUAUUUUUCUGCA